CUACUGGAUACACCAGUGAGUGUCUGCUGCACCUGAGCUUCGGCGCUAGCUAGCUAGCUAGCUAGGAAUGUGAUUGACUUGGGAUGGAAGUUCUAAACUACUGUCUAUGGAUUUCACUGGCUUGCAACCAUCGUUCUCAUGCCUUUCAAACCACAAUCUGUUCAACAGUAUACCAUGUAGCCUGCUACUUGGUAACUUUUUACUGAAGGAAACAGUUCAUCACUUGCAGAUGCAACUCCCUUGGAUCUAGCUAGUGUAUGGACAUGGAUCAUGAUGAGGUCCCGUCGGAGUUGGAUCAGAUUGCCCUGCGUCUGCAGGAGGGCGGCCUGGCUCCCUCGGCAAGUGCGGAGGAGUGUCAGCGGCACCUGUGGCGUCAGCUCCUGCAUUGUGAGGGAGACCUGCGCACAGCUACCCAGGAGCUGCACACACUGCGCACACAGCAGGCCACCGAGAUGAAAGAGGUGGAGAACUAUGUGGAGCACAUCCGUGGCCUGCUGGAGGAGCGUGAGUCUCUGACAGCCGAGUAUGAGCAGGACAACGAGCAGCUCCAUGCAGACCUCCAGCAGAUUAGGCUCCAGCAAGAUUCCCAGAGGAAGGAGGUGGUGGAGAUGCUGGCCCAGGAGGACUUGGGUGAAAUUGGCCUCAGUAGCACCAGUGAGCAGGUGGCCUACCUGCUGGUGGAGAGGGCCACGCUGUUGGAGAGACUGGAGGCUGCAGAGAGGAGGCUGGACACGCAGAGCCUCACAGGCAACCUCAGGGAGGUCCACCUGCAGGACGAGCUGGAUCAUAUUCGCCACACUAUGGAGGAAGAGUUAAGACAGCAGAGGGAGACCAUGCAGCGUACCAAAGAAAGCAUGAACCAGGAGCAGCAGUCUCCAGCUCAGAGGCCUUGGAAGAAGCUGUUUGGCCUACGCAAGUCCUCACAGAGCACACACAAUGGUGCACCUGUCCACAAUGAGGACGUAUCCCAGGAGCACUCCGAGCGCCAGCGGCUGGAGAGGGAUCUGGAGGAGGCAUCUCGGAGGCUCUCCAUGGCCCACGAGGACAUCCGCAGACUGACAGACAAGCUGGAAUCUGCCAAGAAGACCCAAGCCAUGUGUGGACCUGAGCUUGAGCGAACUGGUCAAGAGGUGGAGAGCCUGAGGAAGGAGGUGGACAAGCUGAAGCAAUGUGAUAUGCUGGAGCUGCAGAGGGCGAAGGAGCACAAUGAAAGACUGGAUGGGGAAAUCCGGGUUCUGAGAGAGCGAGUGCGCUCCCUGGACUCUGAGAAGAAAACCCUCUUACAGAUGGGGGAGGGCAGAGAGCACCCUAAAGAUCUGCCUACGCUGUUGUUGACAACAUCGAUACCUGAGGAGCAGGAGCAGAUUCAUAAAAGGUGUCGCGAGGCUUUGGAGGACGUGGGCUGCCAGCUGCGGGAGCUGCAGCGGCGCAUGCAGAGGCAGCAGCGGGAGCAGGAGGAGCUGGUGGAGAGGAACGAAGAGCUGGAGGCGCUACUGGGAGAGGCCCAGAACGCCAGCAAGGAGGAGUGCCAGCGCCACGAGGGUGAACUCGAGGGACUGCACCGCAAGAUUAAAACCCUAGAGGCAGAGCUGAAGAAGAUAUGUGCUCAGGACCAGGUACUGAAGGAUGGUGGUGUUGUCGGCAGAGAGACCGAGACGUACUUACAUCAGUUAAGGGACAGCAGCCAGGAGAGGGUGGCCCUGCUGGAGGCUCGUCUGACCGAAGAGAAGGAUUGGAGGAGACAGCUGGAGGUAGACCUCGGCGCUGCCCAGGCUGCACUUAAAAAUAACAAAGAGACACUGCAGAGAGAUGAGAGGGAGCUGAGGAAGUUGCGAUUGGAGCUGCAGGGCCUGCAAACUGAAUGUCAACAAGGGAAAACGCUCAUCAAGAGCCUAACGCAAGUUAAAGGGGAAAAGGGAAUCUUGGAAGAGAAAGUGGCCCAGUUGGAGCGAGCUCAGAGCAGACUCCAGAGUGACCGGGAGCACCAGACAGAGAGCAGCCGGACCCAGGAGGACCUGAGGGAGAGCAGGACGCAGGUGGCAGAGCUGGGAGCGAAAGUGGAGCGACUCACUUCGGUGCUCUCCUGCUUGGAGGAAGAGCAUUGCACACUGCGGGAUGAGACGGUGCAGGAGAGGAGGCGCGCCGCAGACCUCCAGGCUCAGCUGAGUGAGCGGGUCCGGGAGAAGCUGACCGCUGAAGGGGAGAAGGAGAGACUGGGCAUCGAGCUACUCCGGCUCAGGGAACAACUCCAACUCUCCACCCAGACCCGACAGGAGACCGCAGGACCCACCAGGCCCAGACAGGAUACCCCAGAAUCAGACUACAGCUUCCUCCUAGCAGAGAGGACCAAAGACGAAUGCCUCAACCAGCUGGCGUCUCUGAAGUGUGAGCUGAGUCAUCUGCACGCCACCCUGGAGGAGGAGCGGCAGCUGGCCAAUCAGCACCAGCUGGCCCUGCAGGCCCAGAUCAACGAGGCCCAGGCCCGCACUAAGUCCCAGGACUCCGUGCUGGGGCAGAAAGCUGAGGAGAGCAAGCAGCUGAAGCAGGACCUCCAGAGAGCCCAGAGUCUGUUCACCUCGGCUGAGAGGGAGCUACGCUACGAGAGAGAGAAGAACCUGGACCUCAAGAGACACAACGCCCUCCUGGACCAGGAGAAGAUCAAGGUGUGUGCGGAGCUAAAGCAGGCCCAAGCAAAGCUUUCCCAGGCAGAGCAGAGUGGCUCGGGGCAGGCUGCGGAGACGGAGCGGCUGCAGCACAGGCUCCGAGAGCUGGAACUGGAGCUGGCCCGCAGCGGGCAGAGCCGCAACACCAACGCAAGCCUGCAGGAGGAGCUUCAAGCAGAGAGAGUUCGCGUCAUCUCCGCAGACAAGAAGGUGUUGGAGCUGCAGCAGAAGCUGAAGAGUGCCCACCACCAGCUUCGUCUGGAGGAGGCCCGGGCCGGGGAGACCAGCCGGCUAGAGAGGGACAGUAGGGACAUGUCCGACACCCUCUCCUCUCUCCGAGCCAGACAGCUGGAGGACCAGCUCCAGAGGAAGCUGUUGGAGCAGAGGGAGGAAGAGCUGCAGCAGCAAGUGCGUUCUCUGCGGGGGAAGGAGGUAUCGCUGGGACGCAGCAACUCAGAGCUCAAACACCUCACACAGCAGCUAGAGACACGCCUAGCCGUCCUGGAAGCCGAGCAUGGCAAGGCCAGAGAGGAGCAGAGAGAGAGCCAGAGGUCGUGUCUUCAGCUGGGACAGGAGUUGGUGGCCAGUCAGCAGGAGAGUGAACGGCUCCAGGAGGAGCUCCAGCAGGUCAUCACACAGCUGGACACUUACAUCAGGAAGUACAAUGAGAAACAGUCGCAGCACAAGACCAAGCUGAGGAAGGCCAAGCAGAUCUUCCUGAUGGCCACGGCCCAGAGAGACCGCACCAUCCAGAAACUGGAGAACGACCUUGCCCUGGCCUCAAGCCUCUCCCACAAGGAGAAAGACUGGAUCAGGACAGUUAUGGAGGAGAAUGAAAAAUUGCUGGUAGAGAAGAGAGAACUUCUGAGGAGGAUGAGCGAGGCAGAGGAGAUGGGGAGCAACGGCCUGAGAAAGGCCUCCAAUGUUCAGCACAGGGUCAACUUUCUGGAGGUGGAGAACAGACAACUUCAGGAAAGAACUUUAAAGUUGGCCAAUCAAGUCGGAACGCUAGAGCGGGCUCUGAGGAACGUCCAAUCACAAUCGCUCUGCAACCUAGAGGAUAUCAAGAAAAUGUUUCCUUCUGAAAGUCUUGCGAACGACAGCGUCCUUCAUAAGUCAACAUUAAGUCUGACAUCAGGUGCGUGUGACCCUCUGGGCAUCCUCAAUGCCAUCUGCCGGGUGAAGGUGGGUGAGCGCGUGGAGGGCAUCCAGACGUCGUCCUCCACGCCCCAUUCCCAGUUGCAGUCCUUUGAACUGGGCUACCUGAACCUCACCUCCCCUGUAGCUCCCCCAGACUCCAAAGACCCAGAGGAGAGUGACCAGUGACCAGAAAGUGAUCAGUGUGGGGAGUGACUAGGUAUGAGGAAGGGGUUAAAGGGUGGUGAGGACCCUGGUAUACAAAAUGACUGCUCCAUUGACCACAGGAGAAUCUGUCACUGUUACUCUAGUCUUGCGUUACCAUUCUUCCAAGUCUCUAAGGAAGCCUGGAAGCUGAGGCUACUGUUACUUACCUUUGAGGUGUUGACCUGAGUGGUGAUUUUACAAGACAAUCAUGUCAUUGUGUACAAAAUAGACAGCUGUGAGAAUUUUGAAUGCAAUGUAAUGACAAUUCAUGGUCUUUUCUGCUUUGCCCGUGGAACACAGUUUGAAUUGUGGAAUUAUACCACUGACUCCCUCAUUUGGCUUGCAGCUGCUGCCUUCUCUCCCUUGUGUUCACAGUGGGGUGUUUGAAAAGUGAGCUUUUGGGGGUUUGGCUGGUUAAGUCUGUGGGAGUGUGUCAAUGGCAAACAUUGAAAAUAGUAUUUUUAACAGUGACUUGUGUGAUUUGAGCUUCAGUGCAACUAUUCGAUUGAAAGUGGAAGUAACUAGUUAAGAUAUGGUCUUUUUUGGAUGCACUAAAUGUGGAUGCACCUAAUUUUAAAUCCUCCAAAUGCUACGAUGGUCUUUAUAUUCAGAAAAUAAGGCCAAACUGACCAUGGAGCCUUAUGAAGGUCUGGAGGUGGUAUGACUACAUUUACAUUGAAUCAAAUAUGUGUCUUUGUAUUCAAGGAAAAGACCGGUAACUUUUUAAAAAUUGUUCUAGAUACUAGCAUCACAAUUUCUACACUAAUACAGUGAGGUCCAAAAGUAUUUGUAAAGUGACUCAUAUUUUGUUGUUUUGGCUCUGUACUCCGGCACUUUGGAUUUGAAAUGGUACAAUGACUAAGGUCCAAGUGCAGACUCUCAGCUUUAAUUUUAUGGUAUCUUCAUCCAUAUCAAGUGAAUCGUUUAGAAAUUACAGUACUUGUUGUACAUAGUCUCCCCAUUUUACGGAACCAAAAGUAUUUGGACAAAUUCACUUGUGUGUAUUAAUAGUCAAAAGUUUAGUAUUUGGUCCCAUAUUCCUA